GCGCCCAAUGAGAGCUUGAAGCGGCAAUUUAGGGCCUCACAAAAGCAUGUCGAAAGAGAUAUGGGAAAUUUAAAGACGAUGGCAAAAGAAAUGAGUCAAAAGGAAGGACAAACUACAGAAGACGCGAUCAGUGCACUUGACAGCAUGAUUGCCAAAGUGGAUUCAUUGCAGAGCAAGCUCGCAGAGGUUCAUGAGAAGGGGACUACGCCUAUUGUGGCAACCAUGCGUACUCGACUACGGCACUUGGAUGAACUCGACAAGCUAGAUGAGAAUGAGCUAGAUCCAUGGACAGAUACACGCAUCAACAGAUGGCUAGUAGACUGGAAUUUACGCAACGGACACAUGGAGACCGCCCGUUUAUUAGCCGAUGAGAAUGGCAUUGAGGACUUGGUAGAUUUGUCAUUGUUCGCCGAGAUUCAAAGAAUCGAGCAGGCUUUAGAGAAACACAGUUGCACAGAAGCUCUAGCUUGGUGUAGCGAUAAUAAGAAUGCUUUGCGAAAGAUCAAG